UCAAGCUAUACCAAGAUUGUCUAGCGAGUAUAUUAAAAAGUUAAAGCCAAAAAUUAAGAAUCGCGUGAUACUUUCCGUUGAAUGUCCACUUUAAAGAAAAAUAUUGGCGGCAAAGUUCUAUCUGUAAGUAAAUGUUCAGCAACUUUUUCCUCCACUGGACGAAAACCAUGGUGGUCCUUGAACCAUGCCCCCAAUAGCUGUCUUUAAACGGGCUAUUUAAGGGAAAGAUCAGCGAUAAUUCCUAAUUUUUGGCUUGAUUUUCUGAUAUAAUUCGUUAAGAAAUCCCGAUGUAGUUUGAAAAACGUUCCAUUGCAAGUCAAAAAGUUUGGUUUCAGAACAACUAGUGACAUUCCCGUAGCAAAUUAUGGCAUGCGAUACUUGCGUACUAUUAUCUCAAACUAUAUAUCAACCCAAGUGAGCAAAUAAUUAAUUAAAUCGAAUUUAUUCUCAAGGUUGGUUAGCUUUUAACUUAAUUCUCAUAACUGGUAGCGGGUAACGGGUACCCGUGCGGGUACGGGUAGUUGUGCUGCGGGUAGCGGGUCGGGUAACGGGCAGCAUUUUCGCUACCCGCGGCAACCCUACUAUCCAGGGAACCAUUAAAAUUGAUUUAGGAAAUAUUAUAACAAAAAUGACAAAAGUAGGUCGACCCAUUUAGAAAAAAACAAACUUUUUUCCGCUUUCUGCGGAGGAAUCUCAGCAGUGCGCAAAAACGGAUGACGGUGAUUUUGGUCCUGCAGUCCUAAAAACCUACUCCAAGCAACUUUGCGGGGCCUUUUAAGAUGGCAUUAAUGCCAUCUUGGUAGUUAAGGGCAGGGCCCUUACGAGGGGCUGCCAGGUGGGGGUUUUUCCCAGGGCCGGGCCCCGAAGGGGGCCGGGCCCUGGUGUCCAUCAAAAAAAUUGCACAGGCGAUUAUUUAAGUGUUUAGAAGAUUUUGAGCAGUGGCGUAGCGUGCUAAUGUUGAACCUAAAAUAAACAAUAACUGAGAACAAAAAAUAUAAAUUUAUGCGCAUAUCAGUAUCAAAAUGGUUAAAUAACAAUUGCGUCAAUUUGUGCACUAGAUCAUGUAAAAUGUUUUGCGAAAUAUACAUCUAUCGAUACAUUCUGUUUCAUUUGAAAUUUUUCGUGUAUAUGUUUCAUACCACUUCCAUACUACUACAGGAAAACCCGAGCUGGCUCGGCCCAGCUGGUUAACUUUGGAGCUCGAGCCAAGCAAAUACUUUAGUCCGGUUUGAGAUAAUUCAGCUCGACUCGGUUAUUAUCGAGCCGAGUCCAGCACACCAAAAGCUCUCUUGGCCCUGCUAGUUAAGAGCACUGAUUUCAAGGCCUCAUAAUUUCUGUCCAAACCUCAGAUCGUGAACCUAAAGCCAUGGCGCGAUCGGCCUUGACCUUACCGAAGCCUUUGGUUAACGAUUAGUUUUAAAGAUUUUCAUUUUCAAAAUAAUAGUCGACCUCAUGUCUUACUGAGGUCGACCUCAAAAUCCUAAAACAGGCAGAGGCCUGAGGCCAUCCUUCACUGUUCAGGCAUAUUGUGGGCUAUUAUGUAGGCUAUUUCAUUUUUACACGAGUGGCAACAAUGGAUAAUUAUGUAUGCAUGUAUUUUUUAGCUGUAAAAAUAUUCAGACUGCAGUUGAUUUUAAAAUGAAUAAAAAUAGUUUUUCAGUAACCAACACCAAACAUAAAACCUAAACAUUGACACUAAUAUACCUAUCCUAAGUGCGCAUCGAUAGUUAACACACUAAGCAAACACCUGAAAAAAUUGUGUGUGCUUCCUACUUAGGAAGCCUAAGUAAUUUGUGUAAAAAAGUAGUUAGAAGUUUGUAUGUUAACAAUUGCACAUGUUGUCAUUUUCCAUCUUUUCAUUUACUCUGCACAGUAUAACCAAAAUUUUUUUGAGACGCUUCUCAACUUUCCCAAUCCGACAAACUUAUUGCGGGAAUUUAUUGCCAGGUUUCUUUUCACCAUCAAAAUCCAAGCUUAAAUUUGUUACAAUUAAAUUUCACAAAUUCUAUCGUUACUACUAUCCCGCAAUGACGAGGAAACAUAAACUGGAUAACCAGAAACCGAUUAGUGAUGUGUCGAAAGAACCCUCCGGAGCUCAAAAACGUAAGAAACAGAAAGAAAUAGAAGAUAAGUCACCUACACAGCCUCAUUCGGAUAUCUCAGUGGUAAGUUGUGACACUUUCUGAACGAUUAUUUAUUGUAAAUAUUGUGGUAAAAUUCAUUAAAAUUAGAAUCGCUAAAUUGAAAAUUAAUGAAAUUAUUAAGCAGACGGAUUCGCCGGCAACAACUUCAACAUCAUUGCAAAUUUCUGUAGACGAUGUACGUUCGGAUGGUUCACGUAAUCAGGAAGCAAUCGUGUCUGCUCAGAUUGAUUUGGAAGCGUCUUCUCUACCCGUUAAAAUUCCUAAUGAAAAUAUUGAAAAUAAAGAAUUUCUGGCGACCUCCGAAGUCGAAAUGGAUGCUGAUGACGACGCUGCAAUUUCAUUGUUUGAUCCGAGUAGUUGGCCCCAAAUCCUGAACGAGGAAAAUCGGAACAGAAUCUUGCAGUCAGUGCCAAAUUUUGAGUCUACCUUUACUUUCGUCCCAGUUAACGGUCACAAAUUUUCGGGAAGAUAUUUUACUGGAUCAAAGAAGAAUGGCGAAUCAUAUUUUCGUGAUUGGCUGAGAUUCAGCAAGAUUUCUAAUAGCGCAUUUUGUCUUCCAUGUUGCUUUUUCUCCUCCAAAUCUGGAAACAAAUCACCAUGGAGUAAUUGGGGGGUUGGAAAUAUCGGUUUCCAGGAUUUAAAACACGCGAAGCGGGGAGUUGAAGACCACGAGGACAGCCUUAGCCAUUUCGACGCGACGCGGACAUGGAAAUGUUUCCUAAAAAAUGUCAAGGAUCCCACAUCGCUAACAGGCACUUGUGUGAAAACCUAUGAUGAAAACAUCAAUCAUUGGAGAUUGGUUUUGCGUGAAAUAGUAGACGCCGUACUAUUCUUAGCCAAGAAUAAUUUGGCCUUCCAAGGUGGAAGUCAAAAAAUAACCGAUCCAAAUUGUGGAAAUUUUCUGAACCUCAUCAAGCUGCUUUCGAAGUAUUAUGCCCCCUUGGCCGCCCACGUCGAUCACUUACAAGAAAACAGCCCAAGUUAUCUUAGUGCCAUCUCCCAAAAUGAAUUUAUUUUGCUGUGGCCAAAGAAUUCGAACAAAACUUGUCAAUGACAUUAAGGAACGAAAAUAUUUUUCAAUUUUAUUCGACAGCACUCCGGAUUCCUCUCGACAAGAUCAAAUUUCUCAAGUUAUUCGCACAGUGGAAUGCAAAGAAAUGGGUUGCCGAGUUGUUGAAAGUUUUAUAGACUUUAUCACUACGACCAAUAAAACCGGGCUUGGACUCUCUAAAGUCAUCCAGGAGAAGCUGGAAAUGGAUGGAUUGGACUUGAUGGAUUGCAGAGGACAAGGCUACGACAAUGGAGCAAACAUGGCGGGCAUCUAUUCUGGAGUCCAAGCAAGAAUUUUGGAAAUAAAUGACAAGGCAAAAUUUUUACCAUGUGCGGCACAUAGCCUGAACUUGGUGGGGGUUAAUGCAGCGGAGAAAGUUCCUCCCGCAAAGCUGAUUCUUGGCGACGUCCAAAAUAUUUACUUAUUUUUUUCCGGAUCAACAUCAAGAUGGGAUGUUCUUCAAUCCAUAGUCAAGCUAACCCUGAAAUAUCAAAGUAACACAAGAUGGUCAUCAAAAACCGCCGCCGUCUCUGCAUUAUAUGACCAGUACCCAGAAAUCGUUGACGCCCUUACCGAAAUUUCAACCUCAGAGUCUUUCACUUCGGAUGUGAAUGCCAAUGCCCUUAGCAGAUUGCGGGACAUGCUAAACUAUAAAUUUUUACUUGGAAUCACUAUUUGGAACCAGAUUUUGUUCCAAAUAAACAUCUGUAAUCUCAACCUGCAAGAUAAAACAAUUGAUGUGAGUAUAGCCAAGAAGAAAUUAAAUGUCCUCAAAACUUGGUUGGAGAAUUUCAAGGAAACCGGAUUUCAGUCAUCCGAAGUCUUGGCGCAACAAAUUGCCGAAAACAUGGGAAUAGAGAUGUCAAGUGGAUUUGAAAAUAUUCGUCAGGGAAGAGGGAUAAAUCCACGUUAUAUGGACCGUUCGGAUGCUCUGGUUGCGCAAAAGCAAACCAACUAUGAACGAUUUGAAGCCGAUUUUUUUGACAAAUUAAUGGAGAAGCUCAUUUCCGAAAUCUCCCGCAGAUUCGACGCCUUUAAGAAGUGCACGGAGACUUUUGAAUUUUUGUGGGGUGGAAACCCUAAAGAGAUGGAAAUUCAAGAGAAACAAAAAUGCAUGCAGGAUUUGUGUCAUGAAUAUCCUUCCGAUUUUUCCGGUCCUACAUUGUUAAAUGAAGUUCAGAGUCUGGAGACCACCAUAUCUGCAUUUAACGAAACUGGCAGAGACCUUGCUCAAUUGGGACCCAUGGAUGUCCUUAACAUUCUUUACGCCAAUGGCUUAGCGUCUGCCUACCCAAACUGCGAGACAGCACUUAGGAUAUUUCUGACUCUGCCGUCUCUGUUGCGUCAAAUGAGAGGUCGUUUUCGAAGAUGAAAAUAGUCAAGAAUUACCUAAGGUCGACAAUGGGUCAGGAGAGGCUUAACGCCCUUGCGUUAAUUUCUAUUGGAAGAGAGGUUGCAGAUGAUAUUGACUUCGAUGAGGUGAUUAAUGAUUUCGCCUCCCAAAAAUGUCGCAAAAUUAAGAUUGUAUAACCUUGAAGUACGAGAUAGAGUGGUCGAAGUAGUAAAUAUUCUUUAAUAAAGUCAUACCUUUACUAAUUUGGACGUCAUUAAUAAGCUUAUCAUCAUAUUGAUCUGAUUUAGCACACAAGUUUAGAAUUAGAAUGUUAUGCAUAAACUCAUAGUAAAUUAUUAAAUGGGGCCGGGCCAGGAAAAGUUCCCAGGGCCGGGCCAGGCA